UGCGAGUCUCGUAGAGCGUGGCAAUAUUCCUUUGCCGGGUUCAUUAUAUGACACCGUUACACGCUGGCGGCGAUCUACAUCUGCCUUAAUUGUACGGCGGCUAACAACUUCACGCAGAUUUAUUCUAUACCCGUCGCAGAACAUAUAGUUGGAAUGCAAAACGCAAGUGGUUUGAUCAGUUUUCCUUGAAGCUGGCUAGACGCACAGGUUCACACUAAUACCAUUGAUUGAAUUUACUGCCACGUACCACCUGAGAACAACAUGCUGUGGAUCUCCGCUGUCUUUCUGAUUCUGGUUUUAAAUCAGCCCACAUGUUCCCACGCGUGUGAGUCUGGAUGGGAAUCGUUAAAUGGACUUUGUUAUUUGGUCUCGACGCAGGGAAAUCAACUUCAUUACGCUGCCGCAGUGACGAAUUGUUCCGGCGAGGGCGCACUGCUUGUAAAAAUCUCGGACGCCAGCAAAGACUCCGAUAUAGACAUACUGCUGAACAGUCUCAGUGCGGCCGAUAGUUACUGGAUAGACUUGAAAUACGAUGAUGCUGUCUCCAACUGGAUGUACGAUAACAACGACGAGCUUGUCUACUCCGCUGAAUGGGUAAGUGGAUUUGAUGUGAAUACGUUAUCUACCCCUGUCUGUGGAGCAAAGACGUAUUCCAGUAGCGACGUGCAGAAUAUUGGCAUAUUCGAUGUGACACCUGAAAUGGGAAAGUGGAUGGGUAUCCAAUGUACUUUACAAAGAGGGUGGAUUUGUGAGAAAAAUGACGUCACUCCAACGACAGCGGGCGCCAUAACGACAAACUCCGCAACGACUGUCUCUACAUCAACAGCGUCGACACCAACUACUGCUGCACUGCAAGGAACUGGACCCGCAAACGGUGCAAUAGACAACGUUAUCGUCAAUGGUGGCGCCGUGAGUACCACUGAAGCUGAUUUGGCUCUGCAAGCUAUCUCGGACAUCGCGGGUUCGGGAACGAUGGGUCAGUCAGAUGUUGAACGAAUUUUUCAAGCAAUGGUUUUCCUUUCUAGUCAUUAUACCGAUAACGCUUUGGAAGCUGAAAACUUUUUUGAUGUAGCAAAUGAAUUGGUCAGCUCUUCAAACGUGCCGGCACUGGUACAAGCUAUUGAAGAGCAGCCAGAGUUAGCUGCUUUAUUCCUCAAUGGUAUGGAGGAUUAUGCGGUAUCAGUGUCGUCAACUUUUCUGCAAUAUACUUCUGAAGUGGCAUUUGAGAAGACACAUAUAGGUUUUUAUGCAAAAGUGGUGUCGAAAGAAGAUGGAGCCGUAUUCACAUACGGAACGGAAGGAACUGUCACGCUGCCUGCGAGCGUAUUAAACGAGGGUGACGUGGACGUGACCGUCACCAGUUACGAUACGAUGACAACAAUCUUGAACUUGGCAAGUGUUGAAGGUCAUAAUUAUAAGUCAUAUGGUACGACUAUUGUAUCGAUUAGUGCUGCGUACCACACCGACGGCAGUCCGAUCCUGUUAUCAGACGUCGCUGCCAUGUCGUUCACACUGGAAGUACAAACGUAUGACGUAGAGAAGGAAGAACCUGUAUGUGUCUUCCGGAAAACAGAAGUCAGCCCGGACGAAGAACCUGGCUGGUCUACUGAAGGCUGUUGGAAAUCGAUCGAGGCAACAUCUAACGUAAAGAUCACGUGUCUCUGCAAUCACAUGACUAGUUUUGCGGCAUUAAUGAGAAUCACGGACAUAGUGAUAUCCGAGAAAGAUGCGAAAAUUAUGACAUACCUGACGUAUGGGGGAGUUGGUCUCUCGAUAUUUGCUCUGUGUGCAUCGCUGUUUCUCUUUGUCACAUUAAAACUUCACAGAUCUCAGCGUGUCGUUAUACAUAUGAAUUUUGCGGUUGCUCUACUGAUAGCACAGACGCUGUUUCUACUGAGUGGAUUGGCUGAAUUCAGUGAGGGUCUGUGCAAGUCUGUGGCCAUAAUGUUGCACUAUUUCUUCUUGGCAAUGUUCUGCUGGAUGCUUGUGGAAGGCAUCAACUUAUAUGUCAAAUCAUCCGGUGCCAUUGGAAAGGGAGUGCAGACUAGGAUAUACAUGGCUAUUGGCUGGGGAAUCCCCUUUGUAAUUGUUGGCGUAUCUGUAGCGGUCCGAUUCAAUAAUUACGGCGAGGGACCCAUAGAUGCGAAAUGUUGGCUGAGUACUGAAGAUGGAUUGAUAUGGGCGUUUGUGGCUCCAGUAUUAUUGGUACUUGUGGCUAAUUGUGUUGUAUUUGCCAUGGUCAUACGCGCAUUUAUGUCUCUCAAGGCAAAUGCUGACAAAUCCAAUGUAGAAAAAAUAAGGUCUGGUUUACGUGCCGCCCUCGUAUUGCUGCCAUUACUCGGUCUCACGUGGCUGAUUGGAAUAGUGCAGGAGCUGCAGUAUUUAUUCAUUGUACUAAACUCGCUCCAGGGUGUAUUCUUCUUCGUCCUGCACUGUAUUAUGAAUGACGAGGUGAAAAAGGCAUUUAUAGCAAAACGAAAGCAUGCAUCGUCAUCAGUGAUGUCUUCGAUUUCGAAUACAGAGCACUCGUCAAUGUACACCAAGACGACACAUGCGACAAAAGAAUGCAGGGAAUCUAAGGAGCAAUCAAAAAGUGCAUGGAAGUAA